AUGCUACAGGGAGAUCCACGUCAAAGUGUCAAUAUAGUCGGUAUUUCUGUGUUAAGUGACGCUGGUUGUUUUAACUUCUUUGGCUGCGAGCGCUAUACAGUCGAUCCAGGCCUCGUGACCCCUAAUUUUGUCGUCUCAGUGGAUCUGGCAUUGCUUUUCACCCCGGCUCUUUGGUAUCUUAAUCCCGAAUUAAGUUGUUGGAUAGAACUUUGCCGAUUUUAUAGCAAGGAAGAAAUACGUUGUUUCUCUAAUUGUCAAAUGCCUGGAAUAUGCGAGCAAAUAAAGCUAGCACUACCUCCCCGAAAAAUCCCCAUUGGAAAACUCGUUGUCUCGGACGAUAAUGAAUUUCUUAUUGUUUUCAAGGAUUCCAUCGGCGUAUUUAGUACGGAGCCAGCGGUAUGUACAACAUCUGCGGAGGUUGGGUUGUGUGAUAUCGACAAACCUGUGAAAUACUUGGAAUCACAUCCAACAUCAUGCUUCGGGGCAGCUCAUUUUGUUGAUAUUAAAGAAUGCUCGAGAAUUCCGAAUCUUAAAUUGGCUAAUGAAAUGCAGAUGGAUUCCACAGAUCUUAUAGGAAGUCGGAUGAAAUUUUUUACUCUUCUCGAGAGCAAUCAAUUGAACCUCCCCAUCUCUUUCGAUCCUAGCAAUGUUCGUUGCUCUCACGAGAUCGCACGCUAUGCGCUGACCUAUUGCGAACGUUCUGCUAUCAUUAUGUCUACAAAAGUCUUAGAAUCAAAAGAGUUCCUGAGUUAUGCCUUCAAGAAUGCUGACUGGUCUCCCUCCGGAGUUGAUCAAAUGUCGCGAACCGUGUUCAGUUGCGUAACAGGCACUUGUCAGCUUCUGGUCUGCUUGCGUGAUUUAGACAAGUGGACGUGUGUGGCGAACAUCUCCAAUCUCUGGAACGCCUUUUGGAGGACACAAGGCCUCCGCAUUCUUGCUGGUGAACUACAGGACUUCCUCAAUCUUUCAGAUAAUGAACAACUUAACAGUAAUCAUUCGGCUGGCUUGUCAGUAGUACCACUUAAAUGUCGGUCGGUCAAGGAAUUCCUCUCUUCUAUCGCUGAAUCCUCAUUCACGAUUUCCACAUGGUCUCGGAGAUUCCGCCGUUCAGAACAAAGGAUCACUCACAAUAAUUGUCUUUUGACGGCCCUUCACAAAUCAGGUACCAUCUCCUUUUGGGAUGUCGCCGUUCCAAUAGUUGAUGAAGGCAGCAUUCGUCUUUCUGCGGUCGACCGCACCUACGCUGUCAAGUUUGAGCCUCCAAACCUACGCGCAAAGCCUAAUUUUAUCAAAAUUGUUGAUAUUGGCGGGGAAAAAUUUUUACUUGUCGUCGCCUUCACAGACAGCCGAAUUGUCUGCGUGACCUAUCAAGCCUAUGCCAAACGGGUGGGUGUCAUUUCUAUCAAGCGGCUGAGCGACUCUGAGCUCUGCCCUUGUUCAUGCGGCUUCAUAUCUGUGAGUGAUGCCACCUACAGUGACGAUAUCCUGGCAAUUGCCUAUGGAACUCGAGUUCUUCUUGCCAAAGUUCUAAAUCAAACCACUGUUCGACUUCUCAUCUGCCUUUCUGAUGAUGCCAUUUUGAAGGCCAUUUCUGAAAGUUACCACCUAACAAUUCUUAACAAGGCGUCUACACUGGGCGGUAAAAACUUCCACCGAUUUUUUGGAGGGUUGCAUCUUACCCAAAAUGGAGUCUAUGCCUCAUUUGUAGAGUCCACUUUGGCUCCGGCAUUUUGCAACAUCACCUCAAAUCUGGUUUUUUUGGUACUCUUGUCGAAUUCGGAGGUCGUCGACUUGAUUGAUGGGUUGUCCGCACCGAUGAGAAGGAAUGUGGAUUGUCUUUACCAGGUGACACGUCUUCUGCGCUCCACGGAGUACAAUAAGUCCGUCUCUUUGGAAUGCUCCGAUGUAGACAUGGACCUGGAGACCUGGUCACAAAAACUACAGGCCUUUUGUAGGGGUGCCUUUUUCGACACUAAGACAGAUCUCUCAAAGUUGGAACUCCACAAAAUUCAAUUUCGAAGAGCUGUCGCAGCAAUCCUCGUGGAGGGAUCUAACAAGUCAUCAGAAAUGAAAGAAAUGCUACAGACGCAGAUAGACCGUUUGGAUAAAAUUUUGGCCCUCCGGCAAAUCGAUCUGUGCUACCGGCUCUUUUUAAAGACUGAGGUGCAAAGGCAAUCCCAAGAUUGCAUCCUGGUGCUGCGGAUUGCUGCUCUUUGCCGACGAUUCCUACAAGGUGACGCCGCAAAGGAUUGCGGGAUGGCGGCGCUGUGCUCGAUGCUGCAUCGCGCCACCGAGGCUGUUACGGGCGUCGCGCAGAAACUACUCAUCAAGCGCUUUGAACAAACCUUGGACAAUGUCAGCACCACCGCGCUGCUAGUUUGUCCCGUCUGCCGAACUGAUAUCCUUUUUGACUGCCUGUUCUACAAAAUGCGGUGUGCCUCGACCUUUAUACCCUGCGUGGAAUCGUGCUUCAGCGAGUGUCCCUCAUGUCGACGCUGCAGCGUUCUUCUUCCAGAUCGUCCAUCACAGUGGCGCAGGGAGAUAAAUGGCCGAUUUUGUCCUUAUUGUAAUGUUCGAUUUAAUGUGGUUGUUCUCUAG